AUGUUUUCCCUUAGUUCUAGUCCCAACAACUCCAGUUCAGAAUCGGAAUCCAACAAUUUGAUAGGUGGCCAGCUUAAAUCUCAAGUUUCCUUCUCCACGCAUAAACCUCAGACUCCUUCUACCUCAUCUUUUGUGGAUACUCUGCCCUCCCUCCAAUUUUCUGCUUCAUCGAAUAAAUAUAAAACUUUCCCACUACCACUUCCAGACAGCCUCGACUUGGAAAUGGGUCUUCCUAGCCUUCUUCCUCUAUGGCUGUGUUUGGCGCGCAUCCCCUACGAGGUGGCUCGUGAGGGGGUGCGAAUUCGUCUUUCAGAACACGAUCAGAAGCGAAGUCGGUAA